AUGUUAUUUCAGUGUAAAUCUAAUCUUUCCCCCUCUCUGAAGCUGGCUCUUUGGUUAGUGGUGAGUCUGGGAUGUCUAUCGGUCCUUUCUGGAGCAGAAGAGGAGGACAGCAGCAGUCCGUGGUACCAGGACCUCUGCAGUUAUAAAUGGGAGGCCAUAGACCAGGAUAAUAAAGUGAGCUACACGCUAAAGCUCUGCGAGUCUUCACCAUCAACCAACUGUGGCCCCGGCGCCGCUGUCUGCGCCCGGAACCUCACCACCAAAACAGACCAGUCUGUCGGUGAGCUGUCCCUGCAGAGGCUCUCUGGCAUGGUACUGGAUUACAAUAGCACAGAAAUAUGUCCGGGGAGCGGCAACAACAUUCAGACCAGCAUCAGCUUCCAGUGUGGAAAAACCAUGGGGACCCCGGAGUUUGUGGCCGUGUCUCAGUGCGUGCAUUACUUCGAGUGGAGGACCUUCACCGCCUGCAAGAAAGAUAAAUUCAAGCCACACAAAGAGGUGCCCUGCUAUGUGUUUGACUCGGACGGUAAGAAGCACGACCUCAACCCUCUGAUCAAAGUCAAGGAUGGCUAUCUGGUGGACGACGGUGACGACGACAUCGACUUCUACAUCAACAUCUGCCGCAGUCUCAACAAACCAGACACAUCGUGUCCAGAGGGCUCUGCAGCCUGUCUGGUCACCAGUCAUGGCUCCUUCAACAUGGGCUCUCCUAACAAACAGCUAGAGCUGCUGUCCAGCGACAGACUGAGGUUACAGUAUGAAGUCGCUGCAGAUUCACCUGUUCCAGAAAUCUGCAACAAACACACUCCUGCCGUCACGAUCACUUUCAUCUGUCCGUCAAGCAGACACUCAGGCAGCACUCCUAAGAUGACAGCGGGGUUGAACUGUCGUUACGAGGUGGAGUGGGUGACUGAAUACGCCUGUCACAGAGACUACCUGGAGAGCCACACCUGUAAACUGACCAGCGAGCAGCACGACAUCGCCAUAGACCUCACGCCUCUCACCUUGAGCUCUACAGAGCAUCCGUACUACGCUCACUCCGGGCCCAGUGACGGCGAUGAGAGCUACGUCUUCUACCUGAACGUGUGCGGAAAGAUCCCCACUACUGAAUGUGGUGAAGACCAGUCCAUCUCGUCGUGCCAGGUGAAGAAGACCGGAGACGUGAAGAAGGUGGCUGGACGAUAUCAGAACCAGACGCUACGUUAUUCAGACGGAGAUCUGACUCUGAUCUACCCAGAUGGCAGCAAAUGCUCCACCGGCUUCCAGAGAAUGACCAUCAUCAACUUUGAGUGCAACAAGACUGCAUCCAACGGUGGGCGAGGGACUCCGGUUUUUGCGGGGGAGACGGACUGCACUUAUUACUUUGACUGGGAUACGUCCUUCGCCUGCGUCAAGGAGAAGGAGGAUCUACUGUGUCGGGUCAGAGAUGACACAAAACACUACGACCUUUCACCCCUCACAAGAUACCCUGGGUCAGAUGGGAACUGGGAGGCGGUGGAUGCUAAAUCUCCAAAGCCGGACUCACGUUACUACCUGAAUGUCUGUCACAAAGUGAUCCAGACAGGAGCUGCUGCCGGCUGUCCGGUGAACGCUUCCAUCUGUGCCGUGGACAAGGUUCAUGGGCUCAUCAGCCUGGGCGGCUUCCUCUCAUCUCCCCAGAAGACUAAAAUAGGAAAUGACAUCAGACUGGUGUAUACUGAUGGAAGUUUUUGCAACAGUAAAAAGACGAGGAUCCAAACUAUCCUGAUCCUCAAGUGCAAACCAGGAGAUCUGGAGAGCCCUCCUGUCCUUCGUAGCGUUUCACCUGACGGAUGUGUGUACGAGUUGGAGUGGUACACUGCUGCCGCCUGCGUCCUCUCCAAGACUCAGGGAGACGACUGCAAGGUGGAGGAUCCUCAGGCUGGUUUCUCUUUCGACUUGUCGCCUCUCUCCAAAGCUGACGGCGGCUUCUACAACCUGACUAGUGGCAACUAUGACUACUACAUCAACGUCUGUGGUGCCGUCAAGGCUGCCAACUGUCCUGAAAAGGCCGGAACAUGCCAGGUUGAAAAGAGUUCUUGGAGUCUUGGGGAAGCGAACGCCCGUCUGUCGUACUACGACGGCCUGAUCCAGCUGACCUACAGUAACGGCUCACAGUACAACAACAAAGAACACACUCUCAGAUCCACUCUCAUCUCCUUCCUCUGUGACCCAGAAGCCGGAGCCGGAAAACCAGAAUACCAGGUUGAGGACAAUUACACCUAUAACUUCCGCUGGUAUACAUCCUACGCAUGUCCUGAAAGACCUCAUGAGUGUUUGGUGACAGAUCCCGUCACUCUUGAGCAGUACGACUUAUCCAGCUUGUCACGCGCCUCCUCCAUUAGCAACUGGCAGGCCAUGGAUUUGUCUGACACCGCCAACCUGAAGAAGUACUACAUCAAUAUAUGUCGGCCUAUCAACGCUGUACAAGGCUGCGACCGCCAUGCGUCCGUCUGCCAGAUGAAGUACAUAACCGAGCAGGGCUCUCCGAAGGAGGUUGUGUCCGUCAGUAACAUGGGCGUUUCUAAGCGAGGGCCAGUCAUCGAGGGGCAGGACCAGCUGCUGCUGGAGUUCACAGACGGCUCUAUCUGCAUGUCAGACGGCAUGAAGCUCACAUACACAACUCGCAUCCACCUGGUCUGCUCCAAAGGAACUGUGUCAAUGGGCCCGCGGUUCCUGAUGUACCAGAACUGUACUGCCAACUUCAUGUGGGAGACCAGGGCAGCCUGUGCCAUCAAAACCACCACAAACAACAACUGUGCUGUGGUGGACCCCAACACUGGCUUUGAGUUCAACCUUCAGCUUUUGGCUUCUCAGACGGGAUACAAGACAAGUGCAAAUGGAAAAGACUUCCUGGUGAACAUCUGCUCAAACGUGACAGAAUGUGGAAAUGGCAUGGCCGGCUGUGAGCUGGAAGACGGGCAUCCCUCCAGCCCAGUUGGGGAGGAGAAGACCCUCCAGUACUCCACCGAUGGCCUGCUCACACUGACGUAUAAGGGAACCCUGGAUGAGCCCACAGCAACUCGGGACACUUUCACCAUUAAUUUCGUGUGUGAUCCAAACGCUCAACCUGGCUCAUUGAAGCUGCUGCGAGAGGACUUGAGUUCUUUAACCAGCCACGUGGUCCACAACGUCUUCUUUGAGUUCUCCACCGCUCUGGCCUGCAUCCCUGCUCCGGUUGACUGCCAGAUAAUUGAUUCCCAUGGUAACGAGUAUGACCUGAGGCACCUGAUCCGGGACGCAGACGACAGCCCCUGGAUCGCCAUAGAUACAGAUGGGGUCAAAUCACGCAGAUUUUACAUCAACGUCUGCAAACCUCUCCCUCGUGUGAACGACUGUCCAGUGGGUCCUUUGGGUUCUUGCGGCACGAUUGAUGGGAAAAGUUACAACCUGGGAUACGUCCAGUCCAGACCGCAGGCGGCGGAGGACGGCUCCAUCAGCAUCGUGUACCAGAACGGAGACCGGUGUGGUUCCACAAGUAGUUCCCGCUACUCGACGCGCAUCAUCCUCCAGUGUGAUGACAACCCAGGCUCCCCCAUGUUUGACCGUAAAGAUGGUUGUGAAUAUGUCUUCAUCUGGAGGACAUCUGAGGCCUGCCCCAUCAGGAAGUCUCAAGGUGAUGGCUGUAAGGUUCGUGACCCCAAGAGUGGCUACGAGUUCAACCUGAGCUCUCUGAAGGGUCGAGAUUACUCCGUCAACAGUGAUAAGUACGUCUACCACCUGUCGGUCUGCGGCGGGCUCCAGAAAGGCAUCUGCACCCACAAAGACACCGGCAGUGAAUCGGUCUCCUCCUGCCAGGUGCAAGGGGCCAACCAAAAGAUUGCAGGAAUGGCCACCCAGGUUCUGAGUUAUGUGGGAGACCAGCUCAUCCUGAACUACACUAAUGGAGAGACCUGUCAUAAGAUAUACCAAAGAUCCACCGAGGUCUACUUCUCCUGCCACCCUGACAGGCAUCCUGGAACACCAGAGUUCAUCAAAGAGACUCCAGACUGCACCUACCUGUUCAGCUGGCCCACCGCUCUGGCCUGCGUCCCAGUCAAAACCACCAGCUGCUCCUACAAUGACGAUCAGGGCCACUCGUACGACCUCUCCCCUCUGGCUAUGGACUCUAGAAACUGGGAGGUGGAGCCCUCUACGGACGACACCACGAAACGAUUUUACAUCAACGUCUGCAGGUCGCUGGUGCAGCAGGGAGGUUCGUGGAAGUGUCCGUCCAAUGCAGCGUCCUGUGUGAAGGUCGGAGAGGACUAUGUGAGUCUGGGGCAGGUGGAGUCCGGUCCUACGAUGGACAGAAAUGUGCUGAAGCUGCAGUACACCAGCGGCCAGUUGUGUCCCAAUGCAAGCCGCAACAGGAGCAGCAUCAUCCGCUUCAAGUGUGACAAAGACAAAGUGGACUCCCGGCCUACUCUGAUCUCUGCCAUUGAGGACUGUGUGUACACCUUCCUCUGGUUAACAGCUGCUGCCUGCCCUCUGAACAGCACCCAACAUGACAACUGCAGGGUCACCAACCCCGCCACAGGUCAUCUGUUUGAUCUCAACUCCCUGACAAAGGAAGAAGGUUACACUGUGUACGAUCAUAAGGAUCACAGGAAGAUGUUCCGCAUGAACGUCUGUGGAAACGUGUUGAAAGCCGGAUGCAGCCCUGAAACCGCUGUGUGUAUUAAGAAUGCCGCGACUGUGGUGAGCGGCGGUGAGGUCAGCAGGAAGCUCACGUACAAGGAUCACGUUCUGGAGCUGUCGUACGAAGGAGGAAGUGCCUGCCCAGCAAACCCCCAACUCAAACACAACACCGUCAUCCACUUCAUCUGCAGACCUCCUAACAUGGCUUUGGGCCCUCCGGAGCCGGUUCUCAUUGCCUCCACCGCUGAGACUUGCACACACUUCUUCUCUUUCCACACCCACCUGGCCUGCGAACAGCCGGUAAAGUGUUCAGUCCAGAACGGCUCUGCUCUUAUAGACCUGACUCCUCUGAUUCACAUCAGUGGAUACUACACAGCAACAGAUGAUGCGGUGGACCAAAGUGACGGAUCUCCAGACUUCUACAUCAACAUCUGUCUGCCUCUAAACCCCAUCCCCGAGGUCAUCUGCCCCCCUGGAGCCGCCGUCUGUAUAGAUCCUGAUAACGGACCUCCUGUGGACAUUGGGCGGACCACCAGCGGUCCUGAGAUCAACAGUGCAACAGGGGAGGUGUCCAUCACUUACAGCAGCUCCACCAAGUGCGCCACCGAUCCUGCAAAGAACUACACUUCGACUAUCAUCUUUACCUGCCAGAGAGGCCUGGAGCUGGGCUCUCCACAAAUGCUGAAGCUGCAGGGAUGUGUUUAUUUGUUUGAGUGGGCGACACCUUUAGUCUGUUCGGACGCCACCCACACCAACGCCAGCGGCUGCCAGCUCACAGACUCCCAACUGCAGUUCACCUUUGACCUGUCGACCCUCUCUGGUGAAGUCCAGGUACCAGUGGGCUCCAGCAUCUACCACAUCAACGUCUGCGGCUCAGUGGCGGAGCCGGCCUGUAAGAACAGCGCAGUGUGCCGGGUGUCUGGUUCUGGUUCAGACAUGUUGGCCUCAUCAUUUGGCAUCAGCAAGGCCAUGACGAUGGACUUCAAACAUGAAGAGGAGGCCGUUCUGAUGCAGUAUGGCGGAGGAGAUCCCUGCUCACCAGUGACAAAUGAGGGUGAGGUGUGUGUGUUCCCCUUCACUCUCCUGAACAAGUCGUACACAGAUUGCACCAAAGAAGCCAGGACAGACGGCAGGAAGUGGUGUUCCACCACCGCCAACUAUGACACGGACAAGAAGUGGGGAUUCUGCAAUGAAGUCUCUGGUAAGCGUCAGUCCUCCAUCCUGUUUACCUGCGACCAGUCUGCAGACCGCGGUUCUCCACAGCUGCUCUCAGAGACGGCGGGUUGUUCGGCCACUUUUCAGUGGCGCACCAGCGCCGUUUGUCCACCGAUGAAGAUGGAGUGUAAGCUGGUCAGCCAGCAUCAGACCUUCGACCUCCGAACUCUGUCCUCCCUCACUGAGCCCUGGAAGUUUAGCCACCAAGGAGAUUCGUACUACGUCAACCUGUGUCAGGGUAUCCACGGUGGGUUGCCAGGUUGUCCAGAAGGAGCAACCGUGUGCCGGCACUCGGCAGCGGGAGUGACUCAGACCCUGGGCCGAGUUUAUACCCAGAGAAUGAGCUACACUGGUGGGAAGAUCUCUGUCAGUUACUCAGCGGGAAAAGACGUCUGUAGUAACGGCGUGGAGGUCAAGACUGUGAUCCAGCUGAGCUGUGGCUCCACCGUCGGACACCCGGCACUCGUCAGUUUUAACGAGACUUCAUGUGAGUUUCUGAUUGGCUGGGAGACUCGGUCGGCGUGUGCGGUGAAGCAGCGUGAGGUGGUGAUGGUGAACGGGACGAUACAGGUUCCCGACACCGGAGCCAGCCUCAGUCUGGGAGCGCUCUACUUCAGCCAACAUCAGGCGUCUGGAGACAUUCGUCCCAACGGCGACCGCUACAUCUACUACAUCCAGUUGUCCGGCAUCACCAACAACUCCAUGCCCACCUGUCUUGGCGCCAACAUCUGCCAGGACAAACUCAACGGGAAAUACAAACGCAGGAUUGGCUCCUCCAGCAAGGCCAAGUACUACAUUAAAGGAGGAAACCUGGAUGUGAUGGUGUCCUCUGAGUCGACGUGUGGACGGGAGAAGACCAAAAUGGUGUCGUCCACCAUCAUGUUCCACUGUAACCCCGCGGCAGGCGAAGGCAUCCCCGAGUUCAUGCUGGAGACGGAUGAAUGCCAGUAUCUGUUCGUGUGGCACACGAACGCCGUGUGUGGUCUCACAACUGUUGACGCACGCACGUAUGACGAAGACGACGGCGAGGCUCCAGCUCUCUCCAGGCGGAGCCAGGCGUUGGGGGUGAUGCUGAGCGUCCUGCUGGUGGGGCUGUCGGUCUGUCUGCUGGGGCUUCUGCUCCACAAGAGAGAGAGGAGAGAGCUGGUGAUCCAGAAGGUUGCUGGCUGCUGCAGGAGAGGAAACCAAGUCUCUUAUAAAUAUUCCAAGGUCAACAUGGACGAAGAAGGGGGUGAAGAGGAGAUGGAGUGGCUGAUGGAGGAGCUCGAGGGCCCUCCCACGUCCUCUUCCUCGUCCUCCCACCGAGGAAAGAGUAACCACGGCAACGGCCACAUCACGACCAAGCCGGUGAACACGGACGGCCUUCGCUCGUUCUCGCUGGACGAUCAGGACGACGACGACAGUGAGGACGAGGUGCUGAGCGUCCCGGGGGUGCGAGUGGUCAAAUCCUCCGGUCUCCCCAGGCACUCCGCGGCCCAUCGCAGCCCCUUCCUUCAGGAGGAGAGCGACGAGGACCUGGUCGGCCUCCUGGACGAGUCGGACAGGAAGAGGAAGAGCAGCAAACCUCGCUCCUCGGGCCUUAAUCACGGUAACAACACGACAUCCAAUAGGAAGCGGGACGAGGAUGACAGUGACGAGGACCUCCUCAGGGUGUGAUGUCACUUCCUCCAUCCCACGCCCUCUGCCACAACCAAUCUGAACUCUUCUCUCUCAGUGAAUGUCUCCAUAACAGCAACAACAACAGUGAAAUACCAACAACAUAUUGAAAACCUUUCCUCUCUUUUGGGAUUUUUUCUUUUUUGUUGGACUGCACCUUUACUCAGCCUCAGACUCUAUCCAGUCCACUGUCUACAGACUGUUAGCAUAUUGUUUCCUAUUUAUUGAUAGCUGAUUAUUUAAAGUGUUCUGCAGGCUGUUUUUGACCUGCACCGUAUUCUCUCAUAAUUCUGAAAUGAAAUAAGAAGUUGCUUCACUAUAGUUACUUCCGUUUUGCCACAUUUAUCUAAUAUAGACUCUAAAAAAAUCAACCCCAGAGACACAAAGAGCAUCUAAUCUUAACAUGCUGACUCUGCAAUGAGGCAUGUCAGUGAAAAUAUGUGAAUUAAAUGAUAUUUUUCUUUUCUUCUGGAGUUAUUUGAAAUUGAAGUUGUGCCAUUUGCUUUAGCACUUUAUUGUAGCAUUUGAGAAUAAUCCUGUCUACAUGUCUCAUUGCAGACAAUGAAAAGAAAAGGUUGAUUUUUAAUGUCCAGGGUCUGUAUUUGAUAACUGUGGUGAGAUGUACAGUUAAGUAGCUCAAUAGUGAAACAAUUAAGCAGAUUUUGGGGGAAAAACAACGGCUAUCAAAGAGAAAGCGGACGUGGGCAGUGAAGGUGUCGGCUUGUGUUGUUUCUAAAGGGAAUGAAGACACCCGUUUGUCUUUUCUUGCUGUUUACAGUUGCUAUAAUAGCAGAUGUUUUUCUCUUUCUUUCCCCACGAAAAGAAAGCGCGAUGCCUUCCUGAUGAUGAACUUACUUUGCAUUUUCAUCGAUGAAUCAUGUCCGGCGACAGAUUGAUUUUGUCUUGUUUUGAUCAGAGACUUUGUACAUAGAGGAUAAUGUUCUAUAAUAUGGACGUUUUGUUUGUUUGUUUGUUUGUUUGUUUGUUGUCUUCACCGGUGAAUUGCUCACACAUUUGUUUUUAUGAUUAUUUAAAUUGUUGUCUGAGCUGAUUAUCUGUACAAAUCUCUGUUCUGUGCGAUAAAUAGAGAUGGCCUUAAGUGUGAAUGGAUGGUCGACGAGGACGGAGGUUGAAAGUGAGACAUGAGAUGUUAGUUUAGGUUGUGUUGGUUUUUGAAGUCCCUCCCCCUCUCCUCUCCUUCUCCCGCCAAAGCCAUAUUUCUACCGCCACCGCUGGCACUAAUGUAUUGAAGUUGGGUUUUUUUUUUCCUCCGCUUGCACGCUCUCGUACAUUAAAAGCUCAGUUUUGGUAUUCAGGUCUGUGAUUGUAGAUGUUGCUGCAGCAAAAGCGAGAUGUUAACUCGAUAAAGCCAAGUUUUUGUAGUGCCGAAAUCAUCCCUUUUUAGCCAAAUGCAUGUGAAGAAAGACGUGAAGCGUUAAAGUAUCAAGAAUGCAUUCAGUUGACUUACACUUAACACAUUUUCUGCUUAAUAAUCAAACUAGUGUUUUCACAAACUAUAUCAGUAAUGAUGGGAGAUCCAGGGCCGGUAAAGUAAAUCAAACUGACUGCAGUGUUGAGUGAUAUGAGUAAACAGUAUAAACACAGAGUGUUUGCGUUCCGUCCCAUUUGCCGAUUCUUUUCUUUGGUGCCAGCCAAACAAGUUGUUGUGAAGUUGGGUGUGUUUUUGAUUUACACAAUUAGGACGCAGUGAAUUUACAAGCUCACAAAUAGCUGAACUUUUACACUAAUGUAGUUCUGGUAACACGUCAUUCUCCCGCUUUUAAGUCAAAACAAAUCAAACUGUAGUUCCUGUGACUUUAACUAAACAUGUUGGACUUGACUCUGCUCUUUGCGGCGAUUCUUCUUCUCUAGUGUGCGUACCAGUUAGGAACAUAUUUAGUGUUUUAUAAGGCUGCAACUAACAAUUAUUUUCAUUAUUGAUUAUUAAAUGUCAGAAAAUAGUGAAAGGUACCCAUCACAAGAUCUCUGAGUCCAAGGUGACGUCUUUUGUCAUGAACAUCAGUCCAAAACCCAAAGAUGUAGAGAAAAACCAACCAAUCCUCACGUUGUGGAAGCUGACAACACAGAAUGUUUGAUAAAUAACUUUAAAUUACAUUUUCUGUUGAUCAACUAACUGAUUAAUUGACUAAAAGUUUCAGCCUUAAUGUUUUCUUAGUGAUUCAACAAAAAAUAUCUUAAUACAAGGUCCACUUAAAAGCUCUUUAUCAGCAGCUUUUAACCGCUUCUCACAGCAGAUUUGUCAUUUCAUCAGCAAGUUGUCAACCGAGAAGUCUACUUGACUUGAUUAAAUCACUCCAAAUUUCGAUGAAUGUGCGACCUUGGGUUCGCAUCUAAUGAUUAAUUGAUAGAUUUUGUAUUGAUUUGCAAUCACAAACACAGUGUACUCACACAGACUCAAGACAUGUAUUACAUUAUGUACAUUGAUUACAUUGUGUACAGUACGAAGGGGGAAUGACAGUAAAUUCACUUUUCUCAGUAUUCAAUCCACAGAAAGAUAUUAACUAAACGUGUGAUGCUAAAAUCUCUUAUCAAUCAAUAACCAUUCAGGGUAUUUCUAAAGCUUUGUAUGCAAAAUUUGUUAAGAAGUUUUUGUAGGACGCCACCAAAACACAGACAAAAAAUGACAAAAGGAUUAAAAAAUAAAAAAAAUCUUGAAAUUGGAAACAGCAGUAUUUUAUAUGGAUGAGUUUGGGAUGUGCCAUAAUGAUUAACAAAUAGAGAACAUGAUCGUGUUCCUGUCCCUUUGCUGUGGGUGUUCAGUAACUUGUUAUCCUGUGUUAUUAUCUCUGAGAUCACAAACUCAAAUGGAAGCAGUUUUUGAGUAAAAUUGUCAGACUCCAGAAAGAACUGAAGCUUCACAUCUUGCUCUAAAAUCUCACUUCUCAUGUCAUCUGUUAAUUUGCAAAGGUCUUUGUAGAAUAUCUGAAAUUACAAAGAGUGUUACUCAAAGUGAAAUCCCCCUUUGAGAGCUUAAACAACGAGGUGAUGGUUCAAAGUACACGGGGCAGGUUUCCAAAGAACAAUUAAAUUACAAAUGAAAUGCCAAUAAUCCAUAUUUAUUAUUAAAUCCAGCAAGAGUUUAAAUUAAAUCAAGCCUGUUGGCAGACUUCACCGACUAUUCUGAAAUUUAAGUUUAAACAUUCUCAGCAUGUUGACCUCAGCUUUUGCUCUGGACGCUUUAAACUUCCUGACCCUGUUAGAAGGAAGUUUGAACCACGUCUACCUGUGUUUGACACUUUUAUAAUCAACUCAUCUCUCCCGAGGAAGUCCUUUUUUUUUUUUUUCCAUCGUUGCAUAAAGUCUGUUUCUGCUGUAUUUAACAACCAAAGUUAGCGUGGCUCAUCUGCAUGGGUACUGCACUGAACCUUCUCGUUCCUACGAAGAUAUGAAUGGACAUUCUUGUGCUUUGUUUGUCUACGCUCGAGCAGAGAGCUGCUUUGGGUUAUGUGAAAGUUAAAUUCAGAAGUUUGGAGAAUAUAUUGACUUAAAAGAAGCACAAGAAGUUUUCUGUGAUGAUUCGGUACUAUGGGAGAUCAUUAUUAUGUUUUAGUUGGUGUAAGUUAUGUUGUCUGAUAUGUUUUUCAGCUCUUUGCCUGUUUUCCUAUUUAAAAAAAACGUUGAUGUAAAAAAUAUUGCAUUAUUUGAAGAAAUAAGAUCCGCUGUUUAUCACUG